CCGAACGAGACGGAAGGCAGCUGAGGAAUCUGAGGCUGAAGUCGAUGAAGCAGCCGAAGAUUCUGGAGAUGAUGAUGACAGCUCGAAAUCGGCCGGUGAAGAUUGGGAAGGCGCCGACGAAGGCGUGGAUGAUGUUGAAGGGGGUAAUGCUUCAGCCAGCCACUGCGUCUUCUGCGGCCAGGACGAGGAGCAUGAUCCGGGAGAAGAAUACGAAGAGUAUUUGGCGUGCGCGGUGUGUGGCGACAAUGGUAAGUGCUUGCCUUUUGUUUAUUGUCAUUUUGUGUAAUAUCUGUGCCGUCUACCCAUUCCAAUGAUCGAGUUGCGGGCGGGGUGGAAAGGGGACAUGCAAAGUACAGCGGACGAACGAGACAAGCAUGGUUGCGCGUGUCGAUGUGAAAAAGAGAAGAGGGAAGAGGGAAGAGAUGGACAGCGAGAUAUGCACGCCGUUGGUUUCAGGGUCCAGAGCACUGACUUCCGUUCCUGCAGCUCAUCGACAAUGCGCCAGAGACGCGGGAUCGCUAGCUGCCGACGAAGAUGCAGCCGAAUGGCGGUGCGAAGACUGCGUCGCCAAUGGCCUCGAGGCCGAUUUCAAAAAUGUCCCCGGCAUGCUCUCGUCGUCUCGACGUCGCUCCUCCGCUCCCCGAAUGGCUCGCGAUCUGCUGCCCGCUGCAAGGGGUGGCAUCAAGCCCGACUCGCACUCCGUCUUCAACACUCUUAUCCUCGACGAGGAUCCCAUGGACGGCUCGCGAUCGCUUAGAAAGCGAAAGACGCCUUCGGCCGAUGAUGUGGACGAUGCCUCGCGUGCACCUGCGCGGAAGCGUUGGCGUGCGAGUACUGUCGACGAAGAAGAGGAAAUGCAGGAUGGUGUCCCGCCUGCUAUUGCCGGUCUGGAUGGAACUGUAGACGACGACGCCUCGCCGAGAUCCCGCUCGGGCCGGCCUCAACGCUACCAGAAGCGCAAGCAAGGCGCACGAAUCGUUUCGCACUCCGAUGACCCGAAAAGCCUGGUGGUCUCCAUCCCCAUCACCGUCUCACAGUGGGAUGAGGUCGAGCGAAACGUGCUGAAGAAACAAAAACGUCGCGAGCGCGAUCGCUUGCGCCGCGCAAGAAACAGCCGCCGCACCGUCACGGCCGAACCCGAAGAUUACCAGCACUUUCCCGCCGUCCAAACGACCAUGUAUGCCAAUCCCUUCUACGCCUUCCCCGAUCGCGAGACCGAUGAAACGAAGGGCAGGCCUUACGGCGGCAUUCUUACGGACGGCGAAGCAGAGACGACGCGCACUUAUCCUCAGGAUGCCGACCGACUGGCCUUCCAAGCUGCUCGCGACCAGGCGGAGCUGCAAUGGAAGGAGAAGAUGGCACAGGCAAACGGAGAGACUCCGGCUCGAUCCAAAUCGGCAGGCCCGCCGAGCAAGAUCAAGUGCAUCAACUUUGGCCAGUACGAGAUCGACACCUGGCACGCCGCACCCUACCCCGAGGAGUAUAGUCGCAACAAGCACUUGUACAUCUGCGAAUUCUGCCUAAAGUACAUGAGCUCCGACUAUGUGGCGUGGCGACACAAGCUCAAAUGCUCAGCAAAGCAUCCGCCGGGCGAUGAGAUCUACCGAAACGCGGUCGUCAAUCCCGAGACUGGCGUCGAGACUACGCUGUCCUUCUUCGAGGUAGACGGGCGCCGACACCCGCUGUACUGCCAAAAUCUCUGCUUAUUGGCCAAGCUGUUCCUGGGAUCCAAGACCCUCUAUUACGAUGUCGAACCGUUCUUGUUCUACAUCAUGACCGAGAACGACGACUUUGGGUGCCACUUUGUUGGGUAUUUCUCCAAAGAGAAGCGUGGCUGUGCGCCGCUACCCGCGACACUCCAGAACCCUGUUUCCGACGACUCUCGAGACUCUCAACCGAACGGCGAUACAGCCGUCGACGCAGACGGCCUGGACUCGGUGCUCAGCAAUCCCGGCAACAAUGUCUCGUGCAUCUUGGUCUUGCCGGUUCACAUGCGACGUGGAUUCGGCAGAGUCUUGAUCGAGUUUUCGUACCUGUUGACCAAGGUCGAGGGAAAGACUGGAUCACCCGAGAAGCCAUUGUCUGACAUGGGUCUCGUCUCCUAUCGGUCGUACUGGCGCACGGUCUUAUGCACGUUACUGCUGCGAUAUCAGGAUCGAGCAGCGGGCGCGCACGUGGGAGAACAAGAAAUAUCUAUUGUGCAGAUUGCUCGAGAGACCGGGAUGACGCCCGACGACAUCAUUUCGACCCUGGAGGCCUUGCGAUUUCUGGUCAAAGAUCCCAUCACGGAGCAGUACGCACUUCGACUCGACUAUGAGUAUAUGCGAGAAUACGUGGAGAAGCAUGAAAAGAAGGCCACCAUCACCCUCGACCCCGCACGGCUCUGCUGGACGCCGUAUGUCAUGUGCAAGCCAACCAACCUCCUUACUCUGGGUGAAGAAGCUGCGCAGCCGCUGCAGACUGUCGCGCCUCGCGAAGAAGGAGCGGCCUUCACCGUUGGGCACGAUCACGGCGCCGAGCAGAUGCGAGAGGGCCGAGGCAACAGCUCCGCUCACAGCGAGGAUGUGCAUGUGGAGAGCACAGAGACCGGUGACGAGCUGCAAUUGAACAGCGUGGCAUCCCAGGUCCGCAAGACAUCACUCAUGCCUCCCUCACUGACGCCGCAACCCUCCUUCGCCGAGAAGCUGCACGACACAUCCCGCAAACAAUCGCCUCGCAAGACGCCAAAUGGAAUGCAGAAUACCACGCGAGAAGGGAGUCCGAUCUCGUCGUCUUACUAUUCAGGCUCACAGCCUACUUCCGCCGGUCCUGUGCCUCCUACUCGAUACGAAGUGUGGCCUCCUCUUCGAGGCAUGGUAUCAACCACGAAGCGACGCCCCGGCCGACCGAGCAGACGCAGGGGUAAUAGCGGCCAGUACGGCACGCCUGCGCGACGCUCUACGCCGCGGGUUUAUAGCCCUAGCACGGCAGGAAGACCGACCAUCACUCGUCGGACCGGCGAAGCGGCAGUCGAUGAGGAGGACGAGGGGGAUGGGGCAGAGGAGGAGGAGGAGGAGGAAGGAGAAGAGGAAGACGAUGAUGGUGGUGAUGACGACGACGACGAUGAUGCAGAGUUGGAUGCCCCGGGGGAAGAUGACGAUUAGUAGCCGGACGUACGUAGCAGGGGAAGCUUGAAUUCUUAACACUCGUGUCGCUCGCCGCAGGGCCGUCGGAAGGUUCGUGCACUAGGUAGCUUCCCUCCCAUGGAUAAGUCGAAAU